CAGCAUGCACGUAUACAACCCGCGGUCUACUAGAAAUAAAGACGACGAAGAAGACGUAGUGAAUGACGUACUUCCUUUAGCCAAGCUGCUGUAUACCGGGUGAAGUUGGUUGGUGCUCUUGAAGUAUAAAAGAUUCCGACUCUAACUUUCAUCCUUGAAGACAGGCAACUCCAACCCGUGUGAGCCACUCCGGGAACACAGCGGUGGUAAAGUGCCGAGGGACUCGACAAACUAGGUUCACGGUAGAGAAAAAAAAAGCUAAUUAGUUUUCCUGGUUGAGGUGCAUCUGCAAGAUUCUGCUAUGGCCAAGGUUCAAGUGUUAAACGUCGCUGUCCUUGAUAACCCGAGCCCCUUUGGAAACCCAUUUCAGUUUGAAAUAACCUUUGAGUGCAUGGAGGAUUUGCCGGAAGAUCUGGAGUGGAAAAUCAUCUAUGUGGGUUCAGCUGAAAGUGAAGAAUAUGACCAGGUUCUGGACUCUGUGUUAGUUGGCCCUGUACCAGCUGGCAGACACAUGUUUGUCUUUCAGGCUGACGCUCCGAACACAGGGCUGAUUCCAGAGAGUGAUGCUGUAGGAGUGACUGUCGUCCUUAUAACUUGCACCUACCGUGGACAGGAGUUCAUCCGCAUCGGUUACUAUGUCAACAAUGAAUACACAGAACCCGAACUGCGAGAAAACCCACCUCUCAAACCAGACUACACUCAGCUCCAGAGGAAUAUUUUGGCCUCCAACCCUCGUGUCACCCGCUUCCAUAUCAACUGGGAGGGCGUAGCAGACAAGAUGGAGGACAGUGAGAAUGUAGACCCGUCCCCCAACAUCAGUGGGAUGCUUCCUCCGUCCUGUAUACCAGGAAAGAUGCCACCUAUCGGAUUGAUGCCCGACAACUCCAUGGACUGUAUCUAAGAGUCGUCAGAUCAAAUAAUGGACAAGAAGCCCUUAUCUAUAUUCUCACAUUGCAAAACACAUUGGAACAAGGAGGCCAUGGACAUGUCUUUAUAAUAUGUGAACAUUAAUGGGAAGCACAGACACAGCAGCAAGGACAUUUCACACAAAAUGGGGUGGGUCUGGAAUUGCUACCAACUUUGAUUCCUCUCCGUCUUUCUUUCAACUCACUCUUUGAUGUGCACAGCCAAAAUUGCCUUAAUUUAUCGCCUCUUUGUCUCAGAUCAUGUUCAUGUCAUCAAGGUGGAGCAGUCUUUAGACAGGAUAGCUAAAACCUCACAGCCCUGCGACUUGAACCAUGCUCUGACUUUGGUACCCAUUCUGUGUCCUCUUUGGACGUCAGAACAAAUGUAGCCGAAGCUGCUAAUAGCAAAUUAUUUUAUUAUUCUGAAGGUUUUAUCUGAUGCAUAUCUGUGAAAACCAUGAUGGCCCAUGAUGGGAGCCUGUUGCAAGAAGUAGCUUCAUUUGCUGUUUGUUCAAAGUUUUUUCCAGAGGGCUCUCCAGAUUACUCAACAAACUGGCUUCUUUUAUCAGGCCGACACUCAAUAGCAUUCUCAAGACAUGUUGCCUGUCUCCAAGAAUGCACAAAGCCUGUAGGUAAAGAUAGAAUAGAUGCCAUUGUGCAGUCAAGCUAUGUGGAUGGUUUAGGCUAACUGUAAAUAAGUUGUGCAAGCGCUUAUAUUGCCUUCAAACAGGGAAGGCAUGUUUUCAUUUUGUACUUAUUAUAUAUUCUCUCUAUUGGUAUUUGUAACAGUGAUGGGGUUAAUAAAGGUUGUUUUGUUGA